CGCCGCCGCCGAAGGCUGGAUCUCAGAGGCGGUGAUCUCCACUGACAGCCCCGACAGAGUCCGUCCAGAUCCGGGGAGCGCGCGGCAAAGGCUGCGGAAACACUCUAUCAUUUCUUCCUUGCCAAUACAAGAUGUUUGGAGCUGUUUGGUGAUGUGUGUGUGUGUGUGUGUGUGCCACCAAAUGAGUGCUGGCACGAGGCAUCGGGCUAAAGGCGCAGACACAUUCAGCUGUCAUUCUUUUAGGGUUUAGAGGGCAGCAAACCUGCAUGAAUUUAAGGAGGAGCUUUCCAUAGCAGUGACACAAGAUUGUGCAUUUAUUUGUCCUCAACAAAAAGUCCAACUGGAAACAGGGUGCAGCAGAGCAUGUGCUGCAGAAUCCAGAUGAGCUGCAUGACAUGACAGCCUGUGUCCAAGGAGACGGUGGUAAAGUUGGAGAUGCUGCAUGUUGACUGUGACAGAUGGAUAGCUGGGUGGCUUUGGGUUUGUGUGCUGAUGCAGAUGAAGGUGGGAUUCCUCUGCGCAGCAUUUGGAGGCAACGGCUGUCUUAAUGAAAACAUGCAGAGAGUAAAGCUGCUGUUUCACUGACAUCAUUGAUGAGAGCUGUCAGAGUGGACAAACGGAUGCAGUCAGCACCAAUGAGCAGGGGGUUCUCAGGCCUUACAAGUCCGAUUUUUAAAGAAAAUGGGCCAACACACUGUUGAAAGUCAUCCUUAUUUUUUUUAAAGCAGCCAUAUUGAGUGUCAAACUGUGAGGAAUUGUUUGCUGAGCUUUGUGGUUAAGUGUAGAUUUGAGUUCUGCUGGGGUCAGGAAGGUUUUUCUUCGUUUUGUGUCAAAAACCUCCAACUCUCAGUGCAAUUAGUCCCCUUUUUUAAGCUGUUGAAUGCAAGAAGUUUGUCCUGUUAUAUAAUGAGUGAGGGCUUAAAUGAAGAAGGGAAGGUAAAUUCAAUCUUAGUGGUCGUUUGCCUUCUGCCAGGCAACAAUUGAAAAUAAGAAUUUCUUUUUUUAAUCUGCCUUUCCUGGAUAAAAAUAUAAAAGUUUUAGGGCAGUUUGAUGACUAAAGGGAGACAUUUCUUUAAUCAUUAUCUAAAGCUGCAUUUGAAGACCCACUCUGAUGGAAAAGAGUUUUUGUGGGUGUUUUUAUCAUGUUAUUGUGGCAUUUUCCACAAUGGGGAAUGUCAUAUAAAGACAAUGAGGCUCAAAAUUGCAUUUCUGAAUAUUUAUUUUUUCAUCUCCGAUAUCGCUCGCCAUUUUUGUUGUACUAGAAAUGUUAGAUUGGGAGCGUGAAGGGCUGUUAGCUAAGUGGGAGAGAGUGUAAACAGAGAGCUCUCAUUCAAUGGUGAUGGGGAAGGGGGGUGGGCUUGCUCCACCCCAGAACUCCCGCCCACAUCUCAGAGGUGAACUUCUAAUGAACUACUGCCGUUCUGCAGAGAUUCCUUGUCCUUGAAACGACACACGCUCAAUGAUUUUGGCUAAAAAUGGCAGUAUCAAAAUAAAAAGGGAAUGCUUUUACGAUAGAUCAAAAGAUGAUCGGAGUGGGACUUUAAAUAUGAUUAAUACUGAUAUUUUCACCGAUGCAACAUUCAGUGGUUAACUCUGAGUUUUCAUAAAUUCAAUUGGAAUUUUUGGGUCUCUCAAAGAAGAGUCAGAUUUGUGCUGUAGAAACGAUACUACAUUUCUGGUGUCACUUGUGUUAGGAAAGGGCUAGAAAAAUCUACAUCUGCUUUUCUUAGUUAAAAAAGGGAGAAAUGACCGACUUUUUUGGAAAUUUCAACGUCAGAAAAUAUGAAAUGCUGUGAAGGAAAAAGCUGAAGAUCACUCUCACAUACUCUCUCAGUGUAAAGAAGCAUUGUGUUGUUGCAAAGAUAAAGCUUUCACGCCGAAUGACUUGUCCGUUCUGGAUUAUGUCUCUUUUACUGACCUUGCUUUGCGAUCACGUUCCAAAUGCAUGCCCUCUGUCUUUCUGUGUCUUUGUUUUGCAGGAAGGUGAGUUUGCAGUCCUAGGGUAAGAGCAGUGAGUUCUAGCAGAAGAAGGAUGGGGUGUCGCCUGCUCACCUCAGCAUGGAUUUGAUGGCCCGCCUUUGGGGAUCUUUGAGUGGAACCUACCUUGAUUGACUCGUUGCUGCUCUUACCAAGGCGUACAAUUCACAACUGUUGGAUCUAAACAACUGAUAUCAUUGUAUGGGAUAUUGCGGGGGUUUUCUUUGAGGGGCUUUUACACUCAAGUGGAGCUCGAGUGGUGUCACAGUUUGGCUCUUUACAACCUGUGGGUUUUUACUGGGAUAUUCAGUAUGAAGGACACGGAUAUCCCUCGAUCAAGUGGCCUGCGGAAGAAGAGGAAGUCGAGGUCAGAGAGGAACCGGGAGAGGAGAACAAAUGGGAUAAGGAAUAACCACGUUAAAGGCUCAGUGCGCCACCUCUCCUCCGACUCUGAGCGGGAGGGUGAGCGCGCGCCCUCCUCCUCCCGCCCUCGACCCCCACGAAAAAAGCGAAAGGACUCCACUUCCACUGAAGAGGACAUCAUUGAUGGUUUCUCCAUUACAGGCUUUAUGACCCUGGAGGGUCUGGAGAAGAGCAUGACAUCAAAGCCCCAGGAAAGCAGGGACGACCAGGCAGGACCGCUACACAAGAAAAAGGCUGCCAGAGUCCCAAACGGCCUAAGCUUGGAGCACUGCAAGAACAGUUGCGUCCGCCAUCAGUCGUCAGAUCAGGAGAACAACCCCCGCCUGGCGCGCACGCGAGGAAAGAGGAAGAAGAAACGCCAGAACAAGAAAAACACAAUGCUGAAGCCUGGGCAGAACAACUGCAAGGACAGUGACAGCGAGAGUGUCAGUGGAGAGUUCAAGCCUUCAGUUCGAUGCAGCUCCAGAGAGAGACUGACAGAUUGUGACACAGAGACAGACCAGGAUGAUAAGGUUUCCGAUGCCAGUUCAGAGAAAUUUUUCAGCACAGCUGCAGUUAAAGUUUCAGAUUUUGGCAUCGAUGUUCUCUCCACCAAUGGCAGCGCCGAGCCUCACGGCCCGGGCCUCCUCAAGGUGUCAGGCCUAGAGAGAAGUCAGGAGAGGAGCCAGGACAGCUGCAAAGACCCCCAAUUUCUUGCAUCCAAUACUCAUAACCCAACCCGAUUGGCCUCUAAACUUUCCCCUGUACAACACUCCCAGUCUCCAUCCCCACGACGAGCUCAAGCAAACUGCCCUGUCCAGGCUCCGGCUUCAGCCACGUCCAGGUCUCAGUCACGUGCAGCCUUGCCUCUUUCCCAGGGCAAAGAGCCAUUAUUAAUCCCCCCACCACAGCCCCAACACCAGCCAGAACCGCUGUCCCACUCCAGGCCUCACCCUGCACCAAACUCACAUCCACCAUCGCCCGCCACACCAAAGCACCACCCUCACCAGCAGCACUCCAACCAGGCAGGGCCUCAUCCGCCCCAGUCGCGUUGCCACCCCCGCUCCCUCUCUGGCUACAACGGCUUCAGUCUCAACGGCCACAGCAGCAGCAGCAGGAGCAGCACCCCAGGCACCAAGCUCCACGGGCCCCCUGCUCCCCCCCAGCACCUCCCCCAUUACCCGCCUACUCCUCCUGUGGCAGCAGCUGCAGCCUCGACUUUCCCCCUGCCUCUGGCGGCUAACCAGAGCGCCCCCCACAGCUUCCCGUCUGCUUUGCAGCCUCCGCCUCAUCCGCAACACCCGAAUAUGUUUGCUCCUCCAGCAGCUCUGCCUCCACCUCCACCGCUGACGUCUGGCACUCUGCCGGUACCUGGACACCCUGCUGCUGGGAGUGCUUACUCAGAACAAGACCUUCUCCGUCAGGAGCUCAACACCCGUUUCCUGGCCUCCCAAAGCGCGGACCGCGGAGCCUCGCUCGGCCCUCCCCCCUACCUGCGCACCGAAUUCCACCAGCAUCAGCACCAGCACCAGCAUCAGCAUCAACACACCCACCAGCACACGCACCAGCAUACCUUCACGCCCUUCCCCCACGCCAUCAUGCCCACCCCAGCACCGCCCAUGGUGCGUACCCCUGCCAGAAAUUUUGAAAAAUACCCAACAAAAGUUGACCCCUUCUACAGACACAGCCUCUUCCACACCUACCCACCAGCUAUGUCCGGCCUUCCCCCCGUCAUUCCCCCGACUGGGCCUUUCAGCUCUCUGCAGGGUGCCUUCCAGCCAAAGACCUCCAACCCUCUGGAUGUGUCCACCAGACCUGGAGCCGUCCCACACACAUUCUUACAGAAAGACCCCAGGCUAACGGAUCCAUUUCGUCCCAUUCUGAGGAAACCAGGAAAGUGGUGUGCCAUGCACGUGCACAUCGCCUGGCAGAUCUACCACCAUCAGCAGAAAGUGAAGCAGCAGAUGCAGGCUGACCCUCAUAAACUAGACUUUGGGCUCAAGCCAGAAUUCCUGGGUCGACCUCCGGGCCCGAACCUCUUCGGCGCCAUCCAUCAUCCUGGUGACUUGGCCCGGCCCGCCACGCUCUUCUCUGCUGCAGGUCCCACACACCCAUCAGCUGCACCUUUCAGCCAUCCGCCCCACCACCCCGGGAACUUCCUCACCCCACCAUCACACUUAGAAACUUUCAGCAGGCCGUCCUCUUUUGGGGGUCUGGGGUCUCUCAGUUCUUCAGCCUUUGGGGGACUUGGAAAUCCAGCACUAAAAUCCCUAGCAGCGGCCAACUCAGUGUUUGGCCAUAAAGACGGCCCCAACGCACCGCAGCACUUCAACGGAGGCAGUAACAGCAGUCACCAGGAACCGUGGAACCGCCUGCACCGCACCCCACCUUCCUUUCCAACCCCACCCCCCUGGCUGAAGCCUGGAGACUCUGAGAGGAGCGCUUCCGUCAGCUCCCACGAGAGGGAGCGAGACACUGACAAACGAGAGCCGCUGAUCAGUAAAGAGGACAAGGACAGGGACUCUGUGGAGAAGCGCCAUUCAAGCCAUCCAUCCCCAGUCCCUGUCAACCCCAUCAAUCUCCUUGGCCAUAACCGUCCCCCAGAGCACCACAGGAACCACCUACCUCCUGUCUCUGGAGACCCCCAGAGGGACAAGGAGAACAAGGCCAAAGACAGGGAGAGAGAGCACACGGACUCCUGGAAAGACGCUGGCACAGAUGAUCACAAGCUCAAAGACAGCCAGCACAGCGACAAGGACGCUCCUGUAAUUCACGAUGGCCGAAUGUCCGAGGAAAAGGUGCCCAGCAGAGGAACAACGUCUCCGUACAUCCGGCAGACCAGUCUGGACCGCCCCAACGGGGGCCUGAGCAGAGAGGUCCUGGAGAAGAAGAUAGAGCUGCCGUUCGAGCCCCAGAAGAAGAGCAGUGAGGUGAAGGUGAAGGAGGAGAGGAAGGAGGAGGUGGAUGGAGCUGGCGAAAGGCAAAGCGAGCACACUCCACAGGCGCCGCCGGCUCCAACCCUCCACCCUCCUUCAUCCAUGCCCAUGCCCAUGGGAGUGGCGGGAGUCCACCCCAUCAACAGCGUCAGCAGUCUGGAGAGAACUCGUGUUGUGGCCCCCUUCAUGGGUAUCAGCCCCAUUCCAGGGGCUGAACGCUUUCCCUACCCCGCCUUUCACUGGGAUCCCAUGAGGGACCCCUACAGAGGCCUGGACAUUCACAGACGGGACCCUUUGGCCAGGGAGCUCUUGCUGAGGAGCGAUCCUCUGCACCGCCUGGCGGCGCCACGCCUCUAUGAGGCAGAGCGAUCUUACAGAGACCGGGAACCUCACGACUUCAACCGCGAACACCCUCUAGCGCUGGAGUCCAGAAGGGAGCAUGAGCGAGCCCAUCUGGAGGAGCGGGAGCGCCUCAACAUGCUCCGAGAGGACUACGAACAUGCACGCCUACACCCCCCAAUGCAUCACCCCGCUCUGGAGGGACACCUGUCCCACCACGCCCAAGCCCUCAUGGCUCCCGGACUGCCAGGCAUGCACUACUCACGAGUCAGCCCCUCCGCUGCGGCGGUAGCUGCCGCCGCCGCCGCGGCUUCUGCCCAUCAGAACAGUAUAUUAAACAAAACCCCACCCACUGCCUCUUUGAGUGCCCCGCCCCCGCUCAUCCCCUCACUGGGUGCGCGGCCCGGCUCCCCCAGACGGACUACUCCUCUGGCCACCGACAUCAGAGACAGACCGGCCCACAAAGACAUAGAGGCCCGGUGAGCCAGGAGGUCACGACCCCUCCCUGAGCACUUGGCUUUGGAAGAAGCGACUGUAAAAUAGCUGUGAAUAAUUUAUCUGGGCAGAGAAGACCCUCACGUUGAAAUGUUUUUGUAUAAAACCACAAAGAGACAACCACGUGUUCUUUUGCAGUUCAGCUUUUUGUGUGCGUUCUUCCUCCUGUAUAACAGUGACGUGACGUAAGACGACAUGAGUUUGGAAUGUACAGGUUCCGCAGCACUGACAGAUGUGUAGAUAAAGUGUACAGUUGCUGUGCUCAUUCUGUAUGGAAUAAAAAUCAUGAUCCAAAUAUGCAAAGAGUGUUUUGAAAGCUUUACUUUGAAUACUUGUAAAUAUAGGAGUACAAAGGCUGUGAUUCAGAAUGUGCUUUUUUGCAAGUAGUCUUCUUCUCAUCUUUUUCUUUUUUUUUGUUCACGUUAGCACAGGUGAUUAGCAUGUACCAGAGACCCAUAAUUCAACUAUGCAACACAUGUGUGGGCUCCCUUCAUACAGCUGGCACACGCUCAUUGUGCACAGGUUACAGACAAGGCUGCAUUCUCUCCACCAACAGCUUUACUGAACAGGGUUUGCAUUCUCCAAAAUUUUCAUCUUAAGGAAAAGAUGAACAGGACCCUUUGGCCAGGGAGUGACAAUCUAGAAAAAGGAAUUUCAAAUAUUGGAAUUAUUUGUCAUGGAAAACGCCAGCAGCGUAAAUGUUUUUCCCGCCGGACAGUGUUGUGUUCUGGCGGGGGGGGCGGGGAAAGCCUGUCGAUCGAACCCCCAACACCACCCGGGUCUUUUGAAAGAGUCUGACCAAUCUGAGCUCUGCUGGUCAACAAGUGCUUUCCUAAAAUCUACAAACAUACAAGAAAAUGCCAAUUUCAACUGGGGGGCAGUUUGUUUUUACAGCAGAGAUCUAUUUUAGUAGUUCCACUGAAGGUUUAGUUGUGCGCUUCAAACUCUGUGAUAUCCUGUUGUGCAGUGUUUUUUUUUUUUCAUUCCACUUCAAAAAAUAAAAAUAAAAAAAAUCCACCGGAGCCAUAGUGACUAGUUGACGCGUAUUGCAAACAGAAUGUUAAAUGAGAAACGUUACUGCUGUUUACCGUGUACAGAAAGAAAAACUAAUCUCUCUAGAUUAUGUACAAAGAUGAGAAAAAAAUGAAGCAACUGAAUCUUCAGCAUGCUCCUCAUCUGAACUUGUGUUCUGUAAAUUGUGCCAUGUUAUUAAAAAAAAAAUUGUGUACUUA